AAAUAUGGCAUUCCAGGAAGUGGUGUCAUUUGGGGAUGUGGCUGGGGACUUUACCUGGGAGGAAUGGCAGGACCUGGAUGAUGCUCAGAGGACCCUGUACAGGGAGGUGAUGCUGGAGACCUACAGCAGCCUGGUGUCAUUGGCUGAGUGAAACUGCCCUGUAGCCCUCAGGAAUAAGCACUGUCUUCUUAGUAAAUAUAUGAAAACUAUUUAGGUGCACAGUUCUAGCCCAUGAAGGACUCAGUUGUUCACCCUCUCUCAUGAAAAGUUCAUGUGUCCCCUUGUAUUGCAUAGUUCCAAAGCUAUAGUUUUUCUUGCUUCAAAGAACCUGAUUUAAAAUGGAGGUGAUAAACCAAUUCAGGGUAUGAUACAUAUAUGUAUAUAAGGAAAUGUCACAGUGAAACUCCCUAUAUAACUAUCAUAUGCAGAAAAGAAUGAAGGAAAGAAAGGUAAAAGAAGUCCAGGGUUUGGUAUGGCAUAAGAAAGGGUGAAAGGGAGUGAAUAUUGUGGAAGUAUUAUGUAUUCAUGUAAGAAAAUGGGACAGUGAGACCUAUUGAAACUGUUCUAAAAAUGGGAGGAGGGAGAGUUUGUUAUAACUACUUUAUAAAUGUUACAAUAUACCCCUGGUACAAGUAUAAUAUGCAAAUACAUCAAUAAAAGAAAAAAGAAAGAAAUCAAAAUUUAAAUGUAGCUCCUCAAUGAGACUCGUCCUAUUUCAAGUGUUUGAAAAUGGUUGCUGUGUCUAUUAGCUCCCUUGCUGGUUAUGUCCAUCAUCGCAGAAAUGGAUAGUGGGGGAAAAUACCUGACUUAAUUUUUUGACAAAAUCCUACCUUGUUUGGCAUGAACAGGGCAAUGCAUCACCAAACCUGAGCUGAUCUUCAUGCUGGAGCAAGGAGCAGAGCCAUGGAUGAGAAAAGAACCCCUAAGCCAGAACCCACCAGGUGCAUCAGUGCAUCCUGAUUGAGGAGGGCAUUAGAGGGGAGUCCAGCAGAUGUGGGGCAUAUUGCACUGAUGUCACCAGGUUAUCUUCCAGAUUACAGACCCUAGUAUGUUGUGCUUGCACACAUCAAACCUGUGAAUUACCUUCCCCAAGGAGUGUUCUUUGACAUAUAUUUUUCACCUUUAUGCCAAAUCUAAACCCUGUUCUUAGAUAUUUUUCUUUAGUAUUUACUUUCUCAGUCUUCUGAGUUGGCUCACCCUCCAUUUUCAUAGAUUUUUUCCAAUCGAUUUCAUUUUUAUUAAUAAAUUUUGUAGGACUGUGGUUGAAUUCAGGGUUUUGAGCUUCCAAAGAAGGCAGGCCCUUGCAAACCAAGUGCUCUAUCACUUGAGCCACAACUCCAGUCCAUUUGGCUGUGGUUAUUUUUGAGGUGGGGUACUGUGAACUACUUGCCUGGGGCUUGCUUUUAACCAAGAUUUCUGAUCUCAGCCUCCUGAUGAUCUAGGAUUAGAGUUGUGAGCCUUUGGCACCUGGUUUAAAAAUUUUUUUGAGACAGACUCCUGAUACAGAACCUGGCUUUUUUGUAGUCAGAUUUUCCUGCUUCUGCCUCCUUAGGGAUUGGAUUACAGGAGCCUGCCCUCAUGCCUGGUGUCUCAUGGACUAAUGUUGUCUGACAAUUAUUCAUAAGUUAUUUAUGCUUCAUCACAUUGUACUGAUGCUGGUUUUAACACUGGCAGUUUUAUAGUUUUAAUGAUGUAAGAAAUUAUGAAAAUAAUGCCUUUCCUCAAAUUUAUAGUGUGCUGAAAAACAAAAAGGUAAUUUAUUUUAAGUAGUCAAAUAAGAACCAUGAGCAAUAUUUCAUCAAUGUAAGAAAAGAAAUCUUGAUAUGUCACAAUUUAAAAAGGAUAGUCAAAGAGAACAGUCUUAGGAGGAGUUUGUUUGUUUGAAUUUGCUGUGUUGGGGAUUAACCCAGGGCCUCGAGGUUGCUGGUCAAGUAUUGUACUAGUAGGCUACAUUUGUAGUGGGAUUAUGAAGUGUUCAUCUUGACAUAACUUGAGAUUUAGUUUUUGUUUUCAAAAUUUUACAUAAUAGGUAAAUAUGAAGACCUACUUUUGAGAGUCUGUAUCACUCUUGGAACCACAAAUUUGGAAACUGGUAGUUUGAAGCUGUUAUUUAAACUUACAGAGCAGUGUACAUAAGGAGUGGAUAAGAAAAUGAGAAAAGUUCAGACUUACCCUUGUGAACCAUGAUGUCAGACACCAUGAAAUGGAAGGUCCAGCAUAUGGGUCUGCAUUUGUGGAAAAGCCAGGACAUUCUUGGUCCUGAGCUCAAGUGAACCAAGGAUUUCAUGUUGAGCUCACAUCUCUGUUUGGGAGUGCAGUUUGUCAUUAGAAUUUCCAUCUUUUCUUAGUGGAUAUCAGUAUAAACAAGAAAGAGGAGGAGAAAUGCUGAGAAGACUCCAUUUUAUAUGAGAAUAGGAGAAAGCUUACAGUCCAGUGCACAAGAUAACAUCAUUCAGGAGAAGUUGAUUAUCAAGCAUGUGUGUCUGUACCAGGAAUAGGGGGAGAUACUGUGACUUUUGGUCUUAGAAACUGCCUGAGAAGCACUGUAUAAAGAUGAUGGGCUUCAUAGGUGGGUGUACAGGGCACUGGGAUGAAGAAAAAACUUACAAUUCUGAGAAACAGAGUUAGUGAGGUUAAAUUAGAAUUUUGUGUAGGAAGCUCUUUUCAUCUAGAAUGGGAAAGAAGAUAUUUUGUGUUUGAAAAACUCCCUAGAUACAUAUAGUUAUUCCCCAUGUAAGAAUGAAAGCUAAAUAAAUACAGAUGCAAAUGCUGUACCAAUGUCAUGUUCCUGUUCUGGUGGCAUUCAGUCAGACUUCACUUGUAUCAUGCAAGUUGCUGGUCCUAAAAAUUCUUGUGCCCAUCAGAGUAUAAUAAUGAGAAGAACAGCUGGAGACUGCAGCAUGUCAAAACAAUAGAGAAAAACAAUGGGGGACAGAAAUGGCAAGGCAGAAACAUUCCAUGGAAAAUGAUGCCUAGGUUGUAGGUGAAUAUUUUAAUCAAUACUACCAUGUGCAAAUUAGAUGAAAGAAGCAAGGAAAAACAGUUCAACAAUAUAAAAUCUAUCGCUGUCAUUUAUUACUUGAAGUCAGUAGGAAGACAAUUAUUUACUUACAAGCCAAUACCUUUUGAGGUUUUUAUGAAAUCUUAUGCCAGUAGGACAGGAAGAACCUCCUUCAUAUACACAUACAAUUUCCAUAGAAAUGCUUAGAUGUGUUUCAUGUAUAUGGUUAUUUUCCUUUUUUCUCACUUCAGAUGUCCAGCAAGUGAAUGUCAUAAUUGAGAACAGUGAGGAAAGACAAGACAGACAUUUGUGGUAAGCUGGAAUCACUAUGAACAACACACCACCUAAGGAGAGAGUUAUAUUAGGCCAUGCCAUUCAUUUGAGUUCCAGCCAUAUUUCAAAUCCGAUUGUAAAUUCUGAAGGCUCUUUAGGAGUGAAGGCCAAGGAGUUGAAUGUAUGUCAAAACAGACAUUGCCCUAGUAAGCCUGGUGGGAUGUAUGCUGAUGAGAAUCCCUAUAAGUGUAAUCAGUAUGGAAAAUACUAUGUAAAGAAGUCACACCUCACCCAGCAUCAGAUAAUUCACACUGUGAAGAAGCCCUAUCAGUGUAAUCAGUGUGGAAUAGCCUUUCACAAUGAGUCACAUCUCACGAAGCAUGAGAUACUUCACACUGGGGAGAAGCCCUACAAAUGUAGUCAGUGUGGUAAAACAUUGCCAGGAAGUCAUACCUUACCACGCAUGAGAUGAUUCACACUGAGGAGAAGCUGUGUAAGUGUAGUCAGUGUCAUAAAACCUUUGGCUAUAAGUCAACUCACUAGGCAUGAGAUGAGUCACACUGGGGAGAAGCCCUACCAGUGUUGUCAGUGCGGGAAAGUCUUUCACUUGAAGUAUGUCCUCGAUGUACGUGAGAUAAUUCACACUGGGGAAAGGCCCUAUCAAUGUAAUGAGUGUGGAAAAACCUUUGGCCGGAAAUCACACCUCACCAAGCAUGAGAUAAUUCACACUGGGGAGAAGCCCUAUCAGUGUAGUCAGUGUGGAAAGUCCUUUCACUGGAAGUCAAUCCUCACUAAUCAUGAGAUAAUUCAUACUGGGGAGAAGCCCUAUCAGUGUAGUCAGUGUGGAAAGUCCUUUCACCAGAAGUCAGAUCUCAUUGGACAUAAGAUGAUUCACAUUGGGGAAAGGCUCUAUCAAUGUAAUGAGUGUGGAAAAACCUUUGGCUGGAAAUCAAACCUCACUAAGCAUGAGAUAAUUCACACUGGUGAGAAGCCCUAUCAGUGUAAUCAAUGUGGAAAAACCUUUUGCCAAAAGUCAAGACUCACCAGUCAUGAGAUGAGUCACAGUGGGGAGAACCCAUACAAGUGCACUCAGUGUGGUAAAACCUUUUCAGGGAAGUCAGGCCCCACCAUGCAUGAGAGAAUUCACAUUGGGGAGAAGCCCUAUGACUGUAGUCAGUGUCAUAAAAUCUUUGUCUCAAAGUUAAAACUCACUAGCCAUAAGAUGGUUCACAAUGGGGAGAAGCCCUAUCAGCGUAGUCAUUGUGGAAAAUCCUUUCACCUGAAGUCAAUCCUCAUUGGGCAUGAGAUAAUUCACACUGGGGAGAAGCCCUAUCAAUGUCAUGAGUGUGGAAAAACCUUUUGCCAGAAAUCAAACCUCACUGUGCACAAGAGAAUUCACACUGGGGAGAAGCCCUAUCAGUGCAAUCAGUGUGGAAAAACCUUUAGCCAGAAGCCACACCUCAGCAAGCAUCAGACCACUCACAAGAGAAGAGACUUUUGAAGGUGGAAGAGCUUUCUCAGAAAUAGAGAAUUCUCACAGUGGGACAAUCUUGAAUCGCAGAGACUAGAUAUGUAUCCUCCAAAAGCUAUUUUCUUUUUUCUACGGUAGCACAAGCUCUUCUCUGCUUCCUCUUUCUGUGGCCAACAGUCCACAGCUCUCUGUGGAGAUAAAGACAGAAAUGAUGAACCUUCCUUCCAGGCCUAAAUUUAACAGUGACCUUCCAGUCCUACCAGACUUGCGGUUGAGCACUACAUGUCUUCAGUCAUUGUGAUUUCAGACAGAAAUGUAGAGAACAUUGGACUUUCCAUCACUGGCCCAGCACCCUCCAUCUGUUACAUGAGAGAAAUAAACCCUACAGUGCUCAGCUGUUUUAUGUGUGGUCUGUGCAUUUCAGCAUCCAAAGCACUGUUGCUUACUCACUUUAAAAAUAUGGGAGGUGUUCCUGAGAGACUCACCCAGUUCAUGUUUAUCAGCAAAUUCAUACAGACUGGAAACCUGUAUUGUCCUCUUUCAUCUCCAAGUCAGAUUUUUGGAGAAUGAAAGAAAUGGGAACAG